AUGAAAUUGGUACUGUUGAUACCAUUGGGUCUUCUGGCAUUCGCCAGAGGGGACUUUGUGAAAUACGACGAUUACACGGUUUAUAAAGCAAUUCCUGAAAAUGAAAAUCAAUUGGCGACUUUAAAAUCCUUACAACAUGACAUUACAUUCCAACUAGAUUUUUGGACGGAGCCCAAGAAAGUGGGAAUACCAGUAGAUAUUAUGGUACCCCCUGAAAGGAAAGAGUACGUACAGGAUACUUUUGAAAGGCACCAGAUAAAAUAUGAUGUUAUGAUUGAAAAUGUACAAAGCCGAAUCGACGAAGAGAAAUUAUCUAAUGAACAAUCUAAAUUAAGUACUGAAGAUUUCAAUUGGUCGAAGUACCAUACCUUAGAAGAAAUUAAUAACUGGCUCAUGUUACUGACCAAAACUUAUCCAGAUAAAGUCACGCUGGUUAACGGUGGUUCCUCCUACGAAGGACGUAAAAUUUUGGGGGUUAAAGUAUCGUUUCGUCCAGGAAAUGAAAACAAAACUGUUUGGAUCGAUUCGCUAAUUCACGCUAGAGAAUGGAUUGCUGGUGCUACAUCAACCUUCAUCUUGAACCAGCUUUUAACCAGCACCAAUUCUACCAUAAGAAGCACUGCUGAGUCUCACGAUUGGUACUUUUUCCCGGUUAUUAACCCCGAUGGGUACGCUUACACUCAUUCCAACGAUCGUAUGUGGCGUAAGACGAGAACACCUUAUGGACGGUGCUUUGGAACAGACCCGAACAGAAACUGGGACUACAAAUGGAGCGAUGGAGGAUCCACGAAUGAUCCUUGCAGUGAUGUGUACGCAGGCCCUAAACCUUUUUCUGAAAUUGAAACCCGAAGUCUGUCGGAAUAUAUGAAAGGAGUCGCCAAGCAAUUGGAACUUUUCAUCACUUUCCAUUCGUAUUCGCAAUUAAUGUUGAUACCUUAUGGUCAUACGACAGCUCAUCUGGAUAACUAUAAUAUAACAUACCCUGUUGGAUUGAAAGCAGUUGCGUCCUUAGCUCAAAAAUAUGGAACACAAUACAGUGUUGGGGAUAUUGCUGAAAUCAUUUAUGUGGCUACAGGAAGUAAUAUGGACUGGUUAAAAGCCAAUUAUCACGUACCUUUUGCAUAUGCAUAUGAGCUUCGUGAUCAAGGUCAAUAUGGUUUUCUACUACCUACGGAGCAAAUCGUUCCAACUGGAGAAGAAACUUUAGAUUCCAUAAUCACUAUAUUGAAAGAAGCUGAUAAAUAUAUCGAUUAG